AUGGUUCUAGAUGAUGUCGAUGCACCAGAAGGUGUGACUGUCAUUCUCGUCAACAAGUUUAACAAGACACAAGAAUUGAAACGGAAAGAACAUGUCAAGACAAAGAAUGGUAGAAUUCCUCUCCGUGAUAUUUGUAAGGAAUGGAAUUUGAGAAAUGUCGUUUGGGUCGAAACCGAUGAUCCAGUCACAUACGAUGAAAAAACUGGUUGGAGUAGCCUUUCAUUCGCAUUCAUGGAUCCAGUCAUUCUCAAAGGCGAUAUUUCUCUCAUCAAUCAAGAGAAAUUGGCCAAAGAGCAUAUGGACAAGGAAUUCAAAAAGAAGCCACUUGGCACUUCCAGCUCUCCAUCCAAGGGCUUGGAUAUUGUCGUUUCAACAGAAGAGAAACCAAUUGCUCCCACGUACAACGAAAGAAUGUGCUCGAGUCUGGUGGUAGCUUCAUCCGUCGUGAUUGAAAAUAAGAAGCCAACCACUUCAGCAACUGUCAAUGUUCAUUCCUCAUCGUCUUCAGAGGACGUCUUGUCUCAAAUUGAAAAAUUAGCUGAACUCAAACAAAAAGGAAUUCUUUCAGAGGAAGAAUUCACUCAAAAGAAGAAACAAUUACUUGGAUUGUAA